UUGUAAUUAAGUUGGAAACACUGGUUGUUUGACAUACAAUUUUAAAUAAAAGGCUCUUAAUUUUAAACUGGGGCUCGUUGGCCUUGUUUUUUAAACUCUUGUUAUGGAAGACGAUUUACAAAUUGAAUUCAUGACGCUGCCACUUGAAGAUCUACAAGAUCACUAUGGGAAAUUGUUUGAGCGUUAUCGCCGCAUGCGGGACGAUGCUGAGGCAGACACGCAGCGUAUACACGAAUUGAAGCGUAAUCUGGAAACGGCGUAUGCAGCUGAAAAUUACCUCUCCCAGGAAAUCGAGGAGCUAAUGCAAACGCUCGCCUCAAUUGAAAAAGAGAACAAAGGGCAAUCAAAAGUACAAACAGAGUUGGAAGAUUUGCGUCGACAACAUCACACGUUAUCGUUAGAUUUUACAACCUUGCAGCAGGACCACGCAGCCAUUUCUGCUGAAAAUGUGGAGUUGCGUAAACAGUUAGAAACUGCUAAAUCGGCGAAAAGGCUCAGCACUUCAUCCAUGGUGGAUAUUGGAGCGGAGGAACUAACGAAGCGAAUAGCAUCAUUAGAGGGCGAAAAUUUUGUUUUGAUGCAAAAGCUGGAAGAGUUUCAGGAGAGUGUUGUGAAACAUACGAUGGUAUUGGCUGAGCGUGAGAGUAAUAUUGAAGUUCUACGCGAUCAAGUGACAUGUUUAGAAGAAAAUCUACGCUCAAAGCGUGAAGAUUUGGAUGAAAAAACAAUUUUGCUUGAGAGUACACAAGAGUGUUUAGCGGAGGCCAAUGCAAGGUUAGCAUUGCUGGAAACCAAACCCGAAGGUGUUGAUCGUAAAGGUAAUUCGCUGUUUGCUGAAGUAGACGAUCAAAGGCAAGCAAUGAAGAAACUUUUAGCAGCUCAAAAAAAAAGUUACAUGGAUAUGAAGAAAAUUUGCCAUGAGAGUCAGUCUGAAAUAAGACGAUUAAAGCGUGAAAAUGUUGCCAUGCACACAGAACUAAAGGAAUGCAGUUCUAUUUUCUGUGCCGCUGACCGUACAUACCAAGAUAAAUUGAAUGAACGAAUACACCAACUACAUAGCCAAGUAGAAGUGUUAGAGAAACAGUUAAACGUUACCCAGGGUCGCCUUCGAGACUUGGCCAAUGAUAAAGGAGUGGGUUGGCUAGAUUCAAUGCUUAGUUAUUGCAAGCAAGAAACUGAUGAAUUGAAGAAACAACUCCAUGGGGUGCGUAUUCAGAAAGCUAGUUUGGAAGAGCAGUUACGCAACGUUAAACAGGAAAUGACAAGAUGGCGUUUCGAAGCAUUAAAAACGCGCUGUGUACUACUCGACCGAGAAAAUAUUUUGAAUGAGAAAGGCAUCCCAUUCAAAGCGAUUCACGCAAUGGAAUUUAACAUCAACCAGAAAGAACAAGAAAACGCCCGACCGCGUAUUGUUCACGCCUCACCUGGUGCUCGGCAAAUUAGUUCAGAUAAUACUAACACAGGUCAAAUACUUAAUACCUCAUUAGUUGGCACAUCGAUUGGACAUCAAUCAACAAGAGACAACACGCCAGCCUGUAUUAAUGAAGUGAAACAAGAGCCUCAGUGUAUAUAUGAAGAAAAUUCACCAAUUCCUAUAAAAUUUGAUAUUGAAAGCAAAGAAAACAUCGGAGUGUUUCAAUAUGAUAAUGAAACAAACGUGGGACAAAUAGAAAAGCUUAAUAUUGAAAAAUUGCAUCUGCGUGAACGUAAUAUCGACAGUAAUUCACAUGGGAACGAAUCAAAAAUGAAUGUAACGAAAGCUGACAAGAAAACACCCCCAGGAUUGGACGUUCAGCCUGGUCCUUCCAUUCUGUCAAAGAAACGUGACAUCUUUACUGCGAAGGAAACUUUCGAAAAGAAUGUUCAGUUCAGCUCUCAAGCCCCGACUGUACAUGAAAUCAGUGCAAACAUCAGCAUGGGUUUAAAUUCUACUAAUGAUGGAGCAAAUGUUGAAGCAAAACAGAAAGCUUAUAUUAAAGAGGUGCGCACUAAAUCCAAUGUAUUAAUUCGCCAUGUAAUAGUGCCAUCCCGGCGCAAACCAACAUAAAUUAAUACCACAAUACCACAUUACUAAAUAGAUUAAAUGUGCACAAAGCACCUGUAUGUAUGCAUA